UUCAGCUGAAACAUUAACCAAUACAGAUUGUUAACUGAAUAGUUUAGUUGCAGAAUAUCAAUUAAUGUAGAACUUACCAUACAACCCUCCAGAGUUUUAAAAUCUUAGACAUUAGUAUAUGCAGUCAGAGUUAAGAGUGCAUGCUAAUAUUUGCAUGUGCUACUCAUGCUUCACGCCUAAUUUAUAUAGGAAGACACCAAACUGCAAUUUUGAUCAAUUGAUUAGGUGAUGAUGCUUUUUCUGAUUCGAUGCAUAGAGAUACCCCGAGAGAGAGGGCCUUAAGUGCAGGUCACUAUCCGAAAAAUGGACAGAUGGUGAAAAUAUCGUGGCAAGCAAAUCCUACAUGCUCAAUAUGCAAAUAUCCUGUUUAGUCUUUUCUUUCUUUUUUUUCUUUAGCUCCCCUCCUUUUCCUGCUAUAUAAAGGAACUUAGGGCUCUCCACCAUCCAUACUAAACCUGUUCUGUUUUCGUAUUGCAACUAUAUAAUAUGGAAUAUGCUAACUUGCGUCGACAGGCAGCUUCUAUGAAGAAAAAUCUCUUUGAUCAGGGGUAUUUAGAUGAGCAAUUUUAUCAGUUGGAAGAGUUACAGGAUGACUCUAGCCCUAACUUUGUGGAAGAAGUCGUUACCUUGUUCUUCAGGGAUUCGGCUAGACUAUCGUCCAACAUUGAGCUAGCUCUGGAGAAGCAACCUCAAGAUUUCAACAAGCUGGAUAUUUACAUGCAACAGUUGAAAGGCAGUGGCUCCAGCAUUGGUGCUUCUAGGAUGAAGAAUGAAUGCACAACCUUUAGGGAGUACUGCAAAGCAGAAAAUAUUGAAGGAUGCGUGAGAUCGUUUCAGAAACUGAAGAGGGAGCAUACCACUCUUAGACAGAAACUGGAGUCCUAUUUUCAGUUGUUAAGGCAGGUUGGACCUACCGAAAGAGCAACUCGCCCGGGCGUGUGAGAUCAGUUUGCAGGAUGUUUUGCUACAGCAAAGAAUAUUCUAUCAAUAGUCUUUUGGAAUAAAUGUAACUUUUGAUUUCAAUAAAAAGUUGGAUAAACUUCCAAUACCA